GUGACGUUGCAUCAACAACACGGCCAUGAGAAUCAACGACUCCGAUUAGUAGGAGGUGCAGGUUAAGCAGAAAGAGUUCUCUCGAUGACAUUUUGACAGGGCAAUGGAUGCCCGACGACCCAUCGUGCCGUUCCCCGGCCUGCCCCGCAUGCACCACGCCCGCUUUGUCAAGGGCCCGCCUGUCAACAUGAUCAACGGGCCCCAGAUCAACGGCCUGGACUCGCCCAGCCCCCAGAACGUGGAAAUCAAAUCCAAGCGCAUGGCCGUCAGCUGGCGGGACGACACGCUGUUCUAUGUGCCAGACCGGACGGGAAAGCAAGGUGUCUGCAUCCUGGAACCCAGCAUGCAGCCAGGCCAGGAAUAUUUUGAGGCUGAAAUAGUAAGCACAGGUCGAUGGGGAGCUAUACGGAUAGGACUAGCUCCCCCUGAUCACUCUCUAGAGGUACACCUAGGAAUAGAAGGCAACUCAGUAGCAUUUAGUGUGGACGAUAGUACAGUAUACGGCCAGGACAAGAAGACUCCCCUGCAGUGUAGGGCCAGCAGGCCGGGCGACAAGAUCGGCGUCGGUAUCAAGUUUAGUGAGAACUACAUGGAAGGGGACGACGAGAAGUGUCCAAUCGUAUUCACGCUAAAUGGGAAGGAGAUCCACAGACGAGACGUGGUCAUCCCCUUCAAAGGCCUCUGCCCAGCUGUUUCCAUGGCGUCGCCGGGGCAGAUGGUACGGUUCAAGGCCCGCUGCGAUUGGUCCAGCCAGGAGGAGGAGAUGGUGAUUGACAGCUGCGAGGACGAUUGGGCGCGGCUCCACGACGUCACAGUACACGGCCAGAUCCUUGCCUACGCCGGCAGAGGCAAGACCAUCGCCGACGUCGGCCUGGCCCAAGCCAGGAAGCCCCUCAGCCCAAUGAAUCACUACUUUGAGCUGGAGAUCAUCGACCCGGGUAAGAACUGCUACAUCGCCAUUGGCCUGGCCAAGAAGGAUUACCCCAAGAAGAGGCAUCCAGGCUGGAACUACGGCUCCAUAGCGUAUCAUGCAGACGAUGGCAAGAUUUUUAAAGGGAGUGGCGUGGGCGACUCCUUCGGCCCUCGCUGUCACAAAGGGGACAUCAUGGGGUGUGGCAUCAUGUUCCCAAGGGACUACAUCAUGGACAGUGAUGAAGGUGAGAGCGACAACGAAGACGUGGGCGUGGUGAAGGCAUGGCAGGACCGGGAGGGGCCCUUCAACCGGCUGAACCGGCUGGACCGCCUGGCCCAGGACAACUUUGCCCUGGAUGUCUAUGACCUGUCCGAGGACGAGUACGAGGACUACCUGUCAGAAGAGGAAGAGGAGGAGGAGCCACAGAUUGAUGGGGUGCAUCAGGGCGCCAAGGUGCAGGUGCAUGUGUUCUUCACUAGAAAUGGAACGACAAUAGGGAGAAGAGAGGUGCAUAUUCCAGGCUCGGGCUUCUAUCCAACUAUCGGCAUGCUCAGCUUAGAUGAAAAGGUUCGGGUUGACCUUCGACCCCUGAGUGGUUGACCCUCUACCUUUGCCCCUGAAGUUAGGAGGUUUUUGGUAGCGUCUCCAUUUUUGUUAAUAUUUGUCUUGAAAGUACUUGCGCAAGUCAUUUCAUAGUGACCAGUGUGACAUUUGACCUUGAAGGUCAUGACCUCUGACCAGCCAAUCACUGUAGUGAAUCUGCAGUUAGGAGUUUGUUUCCACCCAGUCAAGAAAGAGAAUAGUUGCCAACCUACUUGAAGCGCAAAAGAAGACUGUAAGACAAAGUGCUGUCCAAAGUGUCCAGAAAUUUUGACUCGUGACAAAACAAACAAGCUCUUGCCUUCAAGCUCCUUUCUGCCUAUUCUGUGCUAAUCUUCACAAAUGCAGUGGAUUCCUAAUCACUGGCAAAUAACCUUAUGCUGCUGGGUUUAAUUGAAGUUGCAUGACGUAUUCCCGGGGGAUUUUCCAGAUUUUACAUUUUCAAAAUUC